CUGUAGAGGAGAUAGCCUGCAACUAUACCAAUUUGAAAUAUCUUAGUUUGAAGGGUUAUAAAAGGAUUAGUGAAGAAGUGAUGAAAAAGCUCAAUCUGAAAAUUAAAAUCGAAUAUCCUUUACCUUUAUUAUGGCCUAUCUUUACCACUAUUG